AUGGAUGAGCUGGUGAGGAGUUUGCCCUCCCCGACUCUCCCGGGGAUCCAACUGCCGCGUCUGGACACCCACAAAGGCUGGCUGUUCAAAUGGACCAACUACUUGAAGGGAUACCAGAGGCGGUGGUUCGUCCUCAGCAAUGGCCUGCUCUCAUAUUACAGAACGCAGGCAGAGAUGAGGCACACCUGCCGAGGCACAAUUCCCCUUGCGGCCGCUCAAAUCGAGCAGGGUGACGCGUGCAACUUCCUGAUAACCAACGGAGGUCGGAGCUAUCACUUGAAGGCCACCUCUGAAGGGGAGUGUCAGCACUGGUUGUCGACACUGCAGCAGGCCAAAAUCAAUGCCAAUGCCCUCAUUCAUCACUCUGAUGACUCAGGUGAUGACGAAAGUCCAGGCACGCAUGACGCUCGAGUGUUGAGCCAAGGCACGCUAAAGACGUUGGCCAGCAAACUGGAUGAUCUGAGCACCUGUAACGAGCUGAUCGGAAAGCAUGGCGCUGCCCUCCAGCGCUCCCUCAGCGAAUUCGAGGAUCUCCGCGCGUGCAUUGACAACACGGACAAAGUGAAGGCUGUUAAUGAGCGAGCCGCUCUCUUUCGCAUUACCUCCAAUGCUAUGAUCAAUGCUUGUCGUGACUUCCUGGAUGUAGCACAAGCUCAAAACCGCAGGUGGCAGAAAACCCUGCAGCAUGAGCAAGAGCAGCGUCACUAUCUGGAGACCACCAUUGAGCAGCUAGCCAAACAGCACAAUAGCCUGGAGACAGCCUGGAGGGAGAAGCCCACCUCUUACACAGGUGGGCAGAGAUCUCGCGAGGUGGACGAGAGUGAUGAGAAUGAUGAAUUCUUUGACGCCAUGGAAGACGCUCCUUCAUUCAUAACUGUGAAUGCCGAGACUAAGCACAGGCGCUCAGGGAGUAGUCAGAGUAUGAAAAGUGGCGGAAUCCCCAGUGACUGGACCCAUAACGAGAAUGACACCUCAGACUCAAACCACAUGCAGCUACGCCGAACAAGACGUAACCGUAUUCCAGACAAACCCAAUUAUUCCCUCAACCUGUGGAGCAUCAUGAAGAACUGUAUUGGGAAAGACUUGUCGAAAAUACCAAUGCCUGUCAACUUCAACGAGCCGCUGUCGAUGCUGCAGCGUCUGACCGAGGACGUGGAGUACAGCGAGCUCUUGGACCGGGCGGCUCGCUGCGACUCAUCUCUGGAGCAGAUGUGUCUGGUAGCCGCCUUUUCAGUCUCUUCCUACUCCACCACCAUACAUCGCACAUCUAAACCCUUCAACCCUCUACUUGGGGAGACCUAUGAACUGGACCGCCUGCAGGAAUAUGGCUACCGCUCCAUCUGUGAACAGGUUAGUCACCACCCACCAGCUGCUGCCCACCACGUCACUUCACAGCGUGGAUGGACCCUGUGGCAACACAUAACUAUUGACAGCAAAUUCCGUGGGAAGUACAUCUCUGUCAUGCCACUAGGAAAGAUUCACUUGCAGUUCCACUCAAGCGGGAACCACUACGUGUGGAGCAAAGUGACCUCGACAGUGCACAAUAUUAUCGUGGGGAAACUCUGGAUUGAUCAGUCUGGUGACAUCGACAUUGUGAGCAACACCACCAAGGAUACAUGUCAUCUGAAGUUCUCGCCCUACAGCUACUUCUCGAGAGAUGUCCCACGCAAAGUGACUGGUGUGGUGGAGGACAGGGAGGGAACAGCACAUUAUAUACUAUCAGGAACCUGGGAUGAAAAGAUGGAGAGUGCCAAAAUAGUAGACAGCAGUCAAGGAAGUGGAGGCUCAGAAGGCAAACAAAAGACAGUUUAUCAAACUCUUCAGCCAAAACUCUUGUGGAAGAAAUACCCGCUCCCGGACAAUGCGGAAAACAUGCAUUAUUUCUCCGCCUUGGCUUUGACUCUGAAUGAGCCAGAAGAAGGCAUCGCGCCCACUGACAGCCGUAUGCGUCCAGACCAGCGGCUGAUGGAGGUGGGCCUGUGGGAUGAAGCAAACACCCAGAAGCAGCGUCUGGAGGAGUGUCAGCGGCUGGAGAGGAAGAAGAGGGAGGUCCAAAACAUGCAGGCGCUGGAGGAAGGACAAGAAAUGGAGGUGUACCAGCCGCUGUGGUUCGAGAAGAAAACUGAUGAUGCAACAGGAGAAAGCACCUACAUCUACAGGGGAGGCUACUGGGAGGCCAAAGAAAGGCAGGACUGGAGCAUGUGCCCUGAAAUCUUCUAG